UUUUUAAACAUCCACAAUGUGUUCACGGGUUUGGUUCGUGACCGACCGGCGUAUCAGCCAGGAAUACCCUCAACUUCAGAUCCUCCGGGCGCUGAAAGAGCGCUGCGCCGACGAGGAUGUUGAAUUCCGCUCCCUGCUCAUGGAUCAGAUCGUGCUCACGAUCAGCGAGGGACAAUUAGGUCUGCGAGUGGAGCAGGAAUUGGUGACAUCUUACCCACAGGUGGUGGUGGUACGGGUACCCACGCCCUGGGUGCAGUCAGAUAGUGAUAUCACCGUGCUGCGCCACCUGGAGAAGAUGGGCUGUCGGCUGAUCAACCGACCACAGGCUAUACUCAACUGUGUCAACAAGUUCUGGACCUUUCAGGAGCUGGCUGGCCACGGGGUGCCUCUUCCUGACACCUUCUCCUACGGAGGGCACGACAACUUCCGUAAGAUGAUUGACGAGGCAGAGCCGCUGGGCUACCCCGUGGUGGUGAAGAACGCACGUGGCCACAGAGGCAAGGCUGUGUUCUUGGCACGGGACAAACACCACCUGACAGAUCUGUGCCACUUGAUUCGCCACGACACCCCCUACCUGUUUCAAGAGUACGUCAAGGAAUCGCACGGCCGUGACGUGCGGGUGGUCCUGGUGGGCGGCCGUGUCAUCGGCUCAAUGCUGCGCUGCUCCACCGAUGGCCGAAUGCAGAGCAACUGCUCCCUGGGUGGUGUAGGUAUGAUGUGCCCACUGAGCGAGCAGGGCAAGCAGCUGGCCAUAGAGGUGUCUAACAUCCUCGGCAUGGAUGUGUGUGGCAUCGACCUCCUGCAACUCAACGACGGCUCGUUUGUGGUCUGCGAAGCCAACGCCAACGUGGGCUUUAUCGCCUUCGACCAGGCCUGCGGCAUGGACGUGGCAGGAAUUGUCGCCGACUACGCCCUGUCGAUGCUCCCCAGCCGCCUCACCCGUAAGAUGUCCCUGCUGUCCGUCGUGUCGAGCACCAGCGAGACCAGCAGCGAGCCAGAGGUGUGCCCCGUGCCCACAGGCGGCGGCUCGCUACCCGAGGCAGUAUGCAACAUGAGCGUCGGUUCUACGUCCAGCGAGAGCGACCCGGAGCUGGCCGAACCCUCCCAGUCCACGGCCCCCAGUCUGCCUGAUCUCCCCGACCCAGCCUACAAUUUCAACACCCUCCUCGCCAAUGAGAUCAAGUUAUUGACUGAGUGAGAUUCAAGCAGCUUCAUGCACCCACAAACACCACAAAUGCAUAACAAACAUACACAUCACCUGUACGCAUGACAACAGACAUUCCUUUUAAAGACACAUAUCAAUUGAAACGUAGGCUGUUAAAUGCAAAACAAGAGCAGAGAAACACACACAUAGAAAUGCAAACACCAAAACAUGAGCCUUUUCCUAUUAACUCCCCACAAAUACAAAAAAAAACAACAACAAAACAACAAAGAUCUGAGGCUGCUCCCCUGACUCCUCGCUUUGCACCUCUACUCCCAAACCACACGAUCCAAACUUACACUGCAGCAUGGUGGCGAGAGUGGAAUAUAAAAAAAAACAACUGCCAAACUGGCCUAGUUUCGUUUUUUUGCAAAAUAGUGAGGUUGAAGGUGACUGCGGGAUUCCCAGAGAGAGGCAUACACCUGCCAUGUUUCUAUCUCUGCAACACAAUAACAUUAUUUAAAGAAGAAGUAUGUUGUCAUAAAAAAAAGGGGUUUCCUGCUGAGGUUUGGUGGCUGAGUCAGGUUUGGUGGAUCGGAGGUGAUAUGAAGUGUUUCCCCCCACCCCCAAGUGAUUAGCUCCUUGUAAGAGGAAUACAUCCUCAUGCUAGGCACAUUUUACUGUCAGUUCCAAUGUAGCAAUGAAGUGUGCACCUGUCAACGACACAGAACAGGGUGGGGACCAUCCUGCAACAACUGGAGGAGUCAAAUUUACUGAUUUUUUUGAUACUUUACAACAAUCGAUGAAUUCACUCCUCACUACAAGACGAUAUGUCAGGCUGUAAAUCCAUUUAAAACACUUUGUAAACGCAAGAUAACAUUAAACUUAACUUUGUUAUUAAAAUCCAUUAAAAAAAAAACUGAUAUUAAAAUGUAGCUGAAGCUGCAGCAUGUGACCAAGAUUACACACCCAUAGCAGCAGAAAAUCAUCCUAAGUGUUAUCACAGUGUCCAUAAAUUAAAUGCCUGUUUACUGUGAAUGAAGCCGGCUGAUUUUUAAAUGGAAUCUAAACUGCCAUAACCCAAAAACAAAUACCAGCGUGAGCUGGAUUAUAAAAACGAAUUGAGUGCCAUUACUCGAUUUCUUUCUUCUUUUUUUUUUUUUUUUUUUUAAACAUUCCUACAUAGCUUGUUUGAUUAGCCUUACCAGCAGCGACAGUCUGCUGCUUUUUAAAAUUCAUUCAAUGUCUAGCACUUUAUGAUAAACAGAUGCAUUUUUUUUUUCUCUCGCUCCGAUAACGUAUUUAGGAAACACGAGACAUGAGAGUGUGAACAAAAUAUACCUCAAAACAGUGACUUCUCACUGCCAUAGGAUGACCUAGAUAUUCAAACAUACAGUACAUAUCAGCCAGGAUCCUUGUGGUUUUCAAAUGGCCCCUGAUAUACCAGGUGUUCCUUCCCUUUAUGUCUAAGAGCUAAAUAGGUGGUUGUGUAUUAUUUCCUAUUUCUUUUUUUUUUAAGCUUUUUUUUUUUUUGUAAAUAUUUAGGUAGUGAAUAAGCUUCAGUGCAUACUAGUAUCCAGGUGAUGAAACUGGAACGGCUGAAAUAACUGCCAACAUUGACAUUUUUUCAUAAGCUAUGAAAUGUGGACAAACUGUUUGUACAGACCUGCAAUAUUGAAAGGUUGAAACUGAAAUUUGGUGCUAACAUUUCUGGAUUUGAUUAGAUGUGAUUUCUCAGUCAUAUGAUUUGUAGAUUUUUACUUUUCUUGUUUUUACCUUGUUUUUUUUUUGAUAAAUAAAUAAAAAUGAAGUAUUCUGACCCGCAAAAUAUGUUGGCAUGAUGUACAAAUAAAAGAAAAAGAGGAAACUAUAUUUUUUCAGUCUCUUUGAAUAGAAUGUUACAUUUUCUUUCCUUAGAAAAGAAAGGAAAAAAAUACAGGGAUUUCAGUGGCCAAGAGCUUAUUGCUUAUGGUUUUUGUUCCUGUUGAGUUACCUUCUGAAAUAGUUACCUGAUAACACCAUUCAUUCAAGAAUCAUUUGCAGCUCCGAUCAAAAGCACAAGUGUAAACCCAAAGUUGAUUUGCAUAGUGACGUCCGUGUUGUCAGCCUCUUACUGUAACCCUUUCUGUUGAACACAACUCAGGGAAGCAGCCUGGAUCUCACCCCUGACCCCCCCCAAAGGCACGACAUAUCCAUCCGAGCUAGAGACAUGUCAAAAACACAACACACAUACCUACAGGCAGACAAAAAAAA